CUUUAUUGUAAUGGUAGAUUUAUUUGCAGCAUUAGUGAAGGUUUUAGCUGUGUUGCUAUGGCAGCAGCCAGGCUGAGCUACAGCAUACGACAUAGCUCCUGAAGGCCAUUAGGUGCGGUGUUUUGUGGAAUGUACCAAGUCAGUAAAGCAGAGGGAGACAGGAAAUGCAAAUGAAAAAAAUGUUUUGUUUUAGCUUCAGCAAAGUAGCUUCUGCAUCUGACACGCGAUAAAAUGAUGAUUGUUAAAAGCAGAAAUGCGACUCCCUUCACUCGGACGUGCUGAAAUCAUUCGGCUUUAAUCCGGCUCUAGCAGGGAAAUCAGAGCUAGCUCUGUCUGCUUGACGUUUCACACCCUGCAGCGCAGUCACUGCAUCCCAGCUGCACGUCCCAGCAAUGAAGUUAUGUACGUGGGGCGUGCUUUAAUUUGGUUAUGCCUAGUGAUUUCAGGAGCCAGGCUUUAAAAUGGCGGCAUUCAUUAUACACCCAUGCUAAAACCUCACCCAGCACUCCGUCCGUUUUGCUUCUUGCUGCUUCCGCUUCUUACAUAUGGCAUACUGCAGCUGAGACCUGCUGGGGUUGCUUGAUCAGCUUGAAAGCAUAAGGUUGCUGAAACGUGCCUUUACUGAAGCCAACGCUGCUUGGAUUUCUAUCUAGUGCUGCCUCUCCUAUUUUUUUUUUUCGCUUUGCUUUUUUUUUCCCAUUUUGCCGUUGCUUGCAGGCCAUACCCCAACGGCAAUCCAUUUAACCUGUUUUCACUUUAACAGUUCCAAUUUAACUUUUUCAACAUUAAAAAUCAGUUAUUAGACCCUACUGUAACAUUCAUUAACUGAAUAAAUACGUUUAACAGCACCAAAACUAAAAAGUUGCUAUUGGUUGAAACUGUUUCGUUUGGAGCACAGAAUUGUCUUAAGACUGCCGGUUUCAUCUAAGUGAUUCCAGAACUGACUGAAAGAUAUUAAAAAAAAAAAAAAAAAAGAGAAAGAGAGAGAGAAAAGAAAAACGAAUACUUUUGAACUUUGACUUUUGCACUUUUCAGGGGCUGGCCUCUAAUUAGAUUUAUUUUUGUUUCCGAGUUAUCAGAUUAAAAGUCUAUUUUAUAAUUGGAUUUUAUUCUCUUAUUUUAUGUAUUUUUUUUGUCUUGACAAAUAGAUUGACUUUGUAAAAACAAACCGAAGUGCUGACAAAUUGUUUAAAUUUUUUUUAACCAAAGCUACAAGGCAAAUUUUUUGUCCCGUUAAGCUUGAAAUCCCAUACCCCCUAAGUACCCUUUUCUAAAAAGUGGAACGAUUGUGUUAGAAAAGGAAAGUACCUCUAACCCAGGGGUUCUUUAAUAUGGCCGUUAACGUUUCCCUGGUACGUGACACAAAAUGGCUGACUCUGGAAGUUUGUCGAGAGUUCCAGAGAGGCACCUGUUCAAGAUCUGAUAUGGAGUGCAAAUUUGCUCACCCUUCUCGGAGUUGCCAUGUGGAAAAUGGUCGAGUGAUUGCUUGCUUUGACUCCUUAAAGGGUCGGUGUACAAGAGAAAAUUGUAAAUAUCUGCAUCCUCCCCCGCACUUAAAAACUCAGUUAGAAAUCAAUGGAAGGAACAAUCUCAUACAGCAAAAGACAGCGGCAGCAAUGCUUGCACAGCAGAUGCAAUUCAUGCUCCCAGGAACACAGUUACAGCCAAUCACCACAUUCUCUGUGACACCAUCACUUGCUACAAAUCCAUCCAUGGCUUUUAGCCCAUACCUAAGUCAUAUGUCCCCAGGAAUGGGCUUAGUUCCUGCUGAGCUUCUAACAAAUACUCCUGUCUUGGUCUCUGGAAACCCAGCUGUUACAGUACCUGGUGGCUCUGCUGGUCAGAAACUUAUGCGCACAGACAAACUCGAGGUAUGCAGAGAGUUCCAGCGAGGGAACUGUACCCGUGGUGAGAAUGACUGCCGUUAUGCUCACCCAAUAGACAUUGCCAUGAUUGACACAAACGAAAACACUGUAACUGUUUGCAUGGAUUACAUCAAAGGGAGAUGCUCUCGGGAGAAAUGCAAGUACUUUCAUCCCCCUGCACACUUGCAAGCCAAAAUAAAGGCAGCCCAGCACCAGGUGAACCAAACAGCAGCAGCUGCCAUGAUUCAACCAACUGUCAGAUCACUGAAGCGACCUCACAAGGCAACCCUUGACCUGGCUAUGCAGCCUGGAGCACUUCAACCUUUACCAAAGAGGCCAGCACUUGAGAAGAGCAAUGGUGCCACAACAAUGUUUAACCCAAGUGUUUUCCACUACCAACAGGCUCUAGCAAAUAUGCAGUUACAACAACCUACAUUUAUCCCUACAGUACCCAUGAUGCACGGUGCUACGCCCACCACUAUGUCUGCAGCAACGACACCUGCCACCAGCGUGCCCUUCGCUGCAACAGCUACAGCCAAUCAGGUUUGGCCCUUUAAAUAGCUUUAUUUCACAUGUAGAAAUCCAUAUUAUAUGCACCUUUUGGAUGGGUGAGCUCAAACAAUGUAGUAUUAAUGUAAAUAAACCCCACAUUAUUUGAUUUGUCCUCUUUAAGAGUAUGUUUAUUUAAAAAAAUGAUGAAACCUCUUGCCACACCUAUCCUAAGAUGUAUAUAUAUUGGAUGAUUGUGGCAAUUUCUUCUUCUGCUUAGUAGCAAUAAAGCAACUUGUGAUUGAAAUAGAGAACAGGCUUUAUGUAUGUUUAAUAAAACAAUCAUUAUAUCUGCAUUUUUGCAAGAUACAGUUCACUUUAAAAGUUUAUAAUACAAUGGCCAAAAACUUUAUAUAAAUAAAUAAGACACUGUAAAUACCAAGACUGAAUUAUUCUCAUUCAUGUCCUGGAUCUAAGGUUAAUGGCAAUAUAGCCUCACCCCAGUUGUUUAGCUUAUGGCUGAAGCAAUUCGAUUGCUAGAGCAUCAGGCAGGAUAAUGGAUGAAAAUCAAUGAAACAAUGGGGCAAUAGUUGGUCAGUCCAGUAAAGACAUCUGCAUGGCAAAGCAGCAUUGCUAUGAAUUAUUUGAUUAAUUCACCAUUUACCACAGGGCUACAGCUUUAUUAAUAUCAUUAGUUUUUAAAGGUAAGCAGCAUUUCGGCCUGUAUAUCUUUCUGAAAUCAGAUUAUUCUGGACUGAACCUGUAUUUAUUUUUCCAUGUUUAUGGAUUUAUGGAAGUGCCAAAGGAGAAUUUGACUGGGUCAAAUAUGAGAUAAAAAGAAUUCUACUUGCAAAGCGCCCAUUAAAAUUACAGUUAAUGAUCAACUACAUCUGCUAAAACCCAAAAACAUGUUCUUUAUUGCUUGUAUGUUAUUAUUUUUUAAUUUAAAAAACAAUUAUAAAUUAUAAUAAAAAUAUAAUUUCAUGUGUGUAAUAAAACCAAUCUAUGUUUGUAACAA